UACACAGAGCGGAGGGCAGAGCACGGCACGCGCUGUCACUAUUUGAAGUUGACCGUUAAAAAGAUCAUUUGAAAAGAGAGGAAAGAAUAGCCUCGCUUUAAUGACAACACUCUUUUAUACUGUCGCCUCGAACCUGCAACUUCAUCCUAAUUGAUUGUGGAAAGGCUGUGAGGAGAAAGGCUGCGGGCUGCUCAUCAUCAUCCCGGGACCGGAGAGAAGCCUCACCGCGAGCUCCUGGUGUAUCGGAAUAAUUAGAGAGAGUGUGUGAGUGAGUGUGUGUGUGUGUGUGUGUGUGUGAGAGAGAGAGGAGGGAGAGAGGGGGAGCGAGAGAGAGAGAGGGACACUCUGGACCCGCAAAGGAAAAGAGAGGACUGACGGAGCCCGUGAAGUUUUCUAGUGUGUCGGCCCGUUUUUAAGGAGCCUGGUGGACCGUGGAGAAAGUGUUACCCCCUCCUUUAAGGUGGUCGCUUUCCCGCAUUAACUGAUGGACCAAGCACGGUGAAAAUUUGGACUACCCGUCGAAAUUUCUUCAUCAGUUUUAUCCGAUAUCUCAGGCCGAAAUGCUGCCCUGUGUCAUUUUCAUCGGCUUGUUUCUCGCUGCGGUCCGAUCCCAAGAUAUCCAUCCCUCAGAGGCAUCAUCCUCCAUUAGUGAGUCCUGUGACUCCUUGUGCUCCUGCGAGAGGAAAGACGGCAUCCUUCAUCUUAACUGCGAGCAGAGAAACAUCAGCAAAAUCUCCCAAAUCAAAGUCCCAGCAGGUGUGCCCUUCCACCUGAACCUUUACAAAAAUGACUUGGUUGAGCUCCGUGCUGAGGAAAUGGAAGGGCUUAAGAAUGCCCUUUCGCUGCACAUCGGGGGUAAUAGUAUACAAGAGUUGGAGCCAGGGGUCUUUAGCACUCUCGGUUUGCUGAAAAAACUCCAUAUAAAUAGCAAUUUCCUCGUCACACUGAAAGAGGACACUUUUCAAGGCCUGGUGAAUUUGGAAUUUCUCCAAGCUGACACAAAUUUCAUACGGGUCAUCGAGCCCGGGGCCUUCAACAAACUGAUCCGCCUCAAGGUCCUCAUCUUGAAUGACAAUUCCAUCGAGUUUUUACCCAGCAACAUUUUCCGGUUUGUGCCCCUUACCCACCUGGACCUACGUGGCAACAAGCUCCAGACGCUACCGUAUGUCGGCUUUUUGGAGCACAUCGGGCGCAUAAUGGAGCUCCUUCUGGAGGACAAUGACUGGGUUUGUGACUGUGACAUUUUACAUUUAAAAAUCUGGAUGGAGAACAUGAGGGCCCAAUCAGCAAUCAGUGAUGUGAUCUGCAUCACACCACAUCACCUCAAGGGGACCAUUCUGGCUAAAGUCAAGCGGGACGUCCUCUGUCCAUCCCACGCAGAUAUUAACUUAGAAGAGCCGUCGAAGUCACUGGAUAUGGUUGUUACGCCCUCAUCCAAAGUAGCUCAGACUCCCAAGGUGGUUAAUCCCAAAGAUGACGCCAGAAUCCCCACACCAUCUCACAUUCCCAGCAGUCCCUGUGUGGAGCACUGUUCUUGUCACAAUCAUCCCGUGGCUGGGUUUUUGAUGCAUUGUCAGGACCGAGGAAUUCAAAAGGUGUCGGAUAUCGGAAUACUUCAACAAAGCCCAACUAAGCUUGUCAUGACAGGAAAUAUGAUCCAGAAACUCCUGAAAUAUGACUUUGUCACAUAUGAUAGUUUAGAAUUGCUCAACUUGGCAAACAACAGAAUUGAUUACAUUGAUAAUGAAACUUUCCUCAGCUUGAGCAGUUUGAAAAAGCUCUAUUUAAAUGGCAACAGAAUCGAAAAGCUGUUCUCCACCAUGUUUGUAGGACUGCACAACCUUGAAUACCUAUAUCUGGAGUACAACCUCAUCAAAGAGAUUGCUCCAGGCACAUUUAAUCCCCUGCCAAACCUGAAGCUGCUGUCAUUAAAUAACAACCUGCUCAGCUCUCUUCCAGCGCAGAUAUUUCGCAACGUGCCUCUCGCCAAAUUAAACCUGAGAAAAAACCUGCUUAUGCACCUGCCAGUGAGCAACGUGCUCGAUCAACUCGACUCGCUAGAGCAGAUUUAUUUAGAGGACAACCCCUGGGACUGCAGCUGUGACUUGCUCAGCCUCAAACAAUGGGUAGAGAAACUGAGAAAGGACACAGUGGUGGGCUCCAUUUUGUGUCACACACCAAAGAAAGUGAUGCAGAUCGAACUAAGAAGCCUUCAUCAUGAGAUGCUUUGUCCUGGUUUAGGGACCUACCACCCAUUGCCCCCAGGUGGAGAGGAGAGCGUGACAGCCACCCUGGGGCCUGACGGCAGUGACAGGGGCCUGUUCAUCUCACUCACAGACACCAUCCCACUCUCUGUGCUCAUUUUAAGCCUUCUUGUUUUUGUCCUCAUGGUUAUAUUCUGCUCAGCGGGGCUCGUGGUGUUUGUCGUGCAUCGGCGCCGGCGAAGGGCGAAGAAAAAAGCAGCAGAGGAGCAGCCGCGAGAAAACACCAGCAGCAGCUCACCCAUUCACUUGCAUUACAGCAUGUACGGGCAGAAAACUACUCACCACACUCUGACACAGAGAGCGGGGUCUGCCACUCUGUAUGAAGAGAGAUCACACAGUCCCAUCGUGCAGAUCUGCCGCAACCCCACAUACUGCUCCCAGCACAAGGAGCACGACGCCAAUAUGGAUUACAACCUUGACGAACCCAGCUCCAAGCAUCAUCUCUGCCGAAGCAUCAUGGAGAAGGAAAAUACAUCUCCCCUCACAGGAAACCCCAGCUCAAAGUUCAGACCCAUGACCGGAGAGUGCCCAGCAGAGUUUGUGACUCUCGGCAACCCCAACUCCUUAUACAGGAACAUUCUGGAGAGGGAGAAGGAGCUGCAGCAGCUCGGAAUAACGGAGUACCUGAGAAAAAACCUCCCUCAGCUUCAGCCUGCUGUAGACAUGCAGGUCCCAGGGCACCAGGAGGAGGUGAAACUAAUGGAGACAAUUAUGUACUCAAGACCGCACAAGGUCAUGCUUGAGCAAACAAAGAAUGAGUACUUUGAACUCAAAGCUAACCUACAUACUGAGCCAGACUAUUUGGAAGUUCUGGAGCAUCAAUCUGCAUUUAACUGAGCUUAAGAAGUUGUGAUAAAUAUAAAUAUCUAUAAUAUUUGAUCUAAGUGCCUUGUCCUUUUUGCCCUCUUGUACUUUCCACAGUGUGAAAUAUAAAUAUAGAUAUAUGAUGGGCACAUCUCUUUAAUUGUAGCACAGAAUGUAACUGGUUGAUUCGUUUGUUACCUUUCAUCUGUUGACAGCCAUGUUAUGUAGCUGGUAAAAAUCAUUAUUUAUGGCCAAAUGUGACUUAACCUCUUAAUAUCCAUCGGGUCACUGAGGAAUCAUUUGUAAUGUAACAUCUUUAAAGGUUAAAUUGGCCCGCGGCCAAAACAAAACUCAACCCUAGAUUAGUCUCUAGCGUGCUGUCUGGGGUUAGGUUCAGGAUCAGGAUUAAGGGAACACUGCACUCCCAGACAGAACGACUGUUAGAUGAAAAGUAUGAAACUUGAGUUCAAAAGUAUCAGCUUCUGUGACCUGAACCCUUACCCUAAACCCGCUGGAUGUUUAAGAGGUUAAAAACCGCAGUCUGUUGAGCAGACCUGUGUUGAAACCCCCACUUUAAAAUCAGCUUUUUUAAAAAAAUUUUAUAAUUGAUUGAAUCUCUGCAGUGUUACUGCAGCCAAAUGAAUUGAUCCACAUAGCACCCCCAC